AAAUAGUAAUCUGACGUACCAGCCACUGCCAUAUCCGGUCGCAAGGAUGAUCGUCGACACGCGUCACAGUCCAAUUAAUGAGAUUUUUUUUUGGAUUCAGUUCGUGUCGGCUGUCAUUUCGCAAACCGUCGUGACCGCUACCUGUGGUUUGAUUGCCGUUUUGGCAGUACAUGCUUACGGCCGUCUGGAGAUUCUCAUGCAAUGGAUUUUGCAUUUAGUGGACGGGAGAGAGGAUUUUUCUAAUAACGUGGAUGAUAGGCUGGCCAUAAUUGUGCAAGAACAUGUGCGAAUUUUGUGUUUUAUAGAGUUAACAGAAAAAUUAUUGCACAAGGUAUCUUUUGUGGAAGUUGUAGGAAAUACGCUCAACAUAUGUUUUCUUGGAUAUUAUACAAUUAUGGAAUGGGAGGGCGGCUUUGCAAUAACAUAUAUUAUUCUGCUUAUGAAUUUUGUCUUCAAUCUUUUCGUAUUUUGUUACAUAGGUGAACUUGUUGCCGAGCAGUGCAAGAGGGUCAGUGAGAUAUCAUACAUGAUCGAUUGGCAUCGUCUAUCAAAAAGGAAAGCUCUAGCUAUUGUAUUAAUGAUUAUGAUGUCCAAUUCAUCGGUUAAACUUACUGCUGGGAAUAUCAUAGAGUUAUCUAUGAUCAGUUUCGGUGAUGUGAUUAAGACAUCGGUUGCCUAUUUAAAUAUGUUACGUACACUUACUACUUAAAAAUUUUUCAUAAAUUACAG